UCCUCGAACCAUUUGCGAGGCGCCGUUGGGCGGCGGUUGGGGGAAAGCGGCCUUCCCCGUCGCUCCUCCAUCCCCGGUGGUUUAAGUCGCGGGUCCGCUAUGGAGAAGAAGAAAGCGCCGACCGCCACGCCUUCCCACCCCAUGGCCGGGGCGGGGAAAUAUAGCGCUUUCGACCGGGAGGCGCUCAUCCGGAUGGCUAAACAUAGAGCUUCAAGCCACGAUGUUUCAGGAAGUGAACCAGAUGACGACUCCACAACAGAUUUUACAAAAAAUGAACUCUUAGCAUUCAAGGCCAGCUUUGCAAGGCCAAGAUAUGGCAACACAUACAGAAUGGAGCCUUACAGAAAAUGUGAAGUUCAUGUAAUAAGGAAGAGAGUCGAAGGGAUCCUAAAGACUAAACUUCAAGAUUUCAAAUACAGUGGAUCUGAGGGCUGCACCACAUGCACAGGCCUUGCAGAAGAAAUCUUAGCAGUUCUUGAAGAGCUGGGCUAUGAUCGUUACAAAUAUAUAGUUCAAGUGUUUCUUGUGGAAAAGACUGGUCAGUCAGUACAUAUUGCCAGUAGAUGGGUCUGGGAUGUUGCAAGAGACACUUGGGUGCAAGCUCAACAUGAAACUGAGAACUAUGUAGCAGUGGCUCUGAUAGUUGCCUGUUAUUAUGAAUAAUGUUUUUGUGGAAAGUGGUGUAAUAAAAGUGUAUAUCUGUGGUUCUCUAGAAUGUUAUAUUGUAUUUGCUCAGUAAAUGUCAACAGCAUU